CCACCAUAUUCAACAUUCAAAGCACCCACCGCUUCAACAAAUAAAAAUAGAAAAGCUGUAGCGCCCUCUCUAGAAAGUGCCCACAGAACCCAAUACAAUUCCACCCAUCAGCCAUGACCCAGGUCUUCAACAGUCCCCCCGUCCUAUACAAGUACCAUAAAAAUUCAGAAUACAACACCACCCAUAAACCCCAAACUAUGAGCCAAGACUCCACAACCUCAACACUUCAUACCAGCCAUCAAUAUACACCAUGACCCAAGCUCCCUCUCCCUUUCUUAAGAACUUUUCAUAGUCCUAGUACUCUUACUCUUCUCUACUCAUGAACUGAGGUAGAACACAAGGAAGAAAAGCCAUGAUCCCUGCAUGUUUCAGCAGCCCAAACACACUCUCAAACAGCUCACAAAUGCCACAGAACCUCAUCACAUGCAUUUACCAAACUCAGCUCUGCAACUCACCUGUUCAUCUCACACUCACCUGGUCCAAGACCCUCUUCUCUCACUCCUUGACCAUAUAUGCUGCAGAUACCUUCUCCAUCACCAUCUCCCUCUACCCAUCAACCUUCUCCUUCCUCAGGAACCGACCUGGUUCAAAAUCCAUCCACCUCACCCACCACCAUUACCAGAAAAUCAAGCUUUACUGGGACUUCACUCGGGCUGAGUUCUCUGAGAGCUCGGCCGAGCCUGAGUCCUGCUUCUACAUUGCAAUUUCAAGUAAUGCCCGUGUAGAAUUCUUUCUGGGUGAUCUCCGGGAUGAGUUCACUCAGAGAUCCGGUGUAGCCUGGAUCCGCCAUUCAGCAGAACCAACUCUGCUUUCACGCCGAGAGCAUGUGUUUGGGAGAAGGAAUUAUGUAUCCAGAGCUCAAUUCAUGGGGUCCAAACAUGAGAUUGGCAUAGAAUGCAGUGGGGGAGUGCUCAAAGUGAAGGUGAAUGGAGAAACUAGCCUUGUUGUGAAGAGGUUGGCAUGGAAAUUCAGAGGCAAUGAGAGAAUUAUGGUAGGUGGAGUCGAAGUAGAGUUCUUCUGGGAUGUUUUCAACUGGGUUAACAACUGUGGAGCAAAUAGCAGUGGGCAUGGUGUGUUCGUGUUUCAGGUAGGUGAUGGUGGGGUGUGGCCAGAAAUGGUAGGUCCAGAGAAGAGGCUGAUGAGGAAGAGCUUGUCAUCAUCAGCAUCAUCCGCGUUGCAGCCGAUCUCAUUAUCGCCCUCACCCUCAUGUUCAAGUGUCCUACAGUGGGCUGAGGAGAGCAGUGAUGGUGGGAGAAGCUCAUGUUCAUCUACAAGAUCUAGUGGGAGUGGUGCAGGAUUCUCUUUGUUACUCUAUGCCUGGAGAAGAGAUUGAAGCUUGAAAUUCAGAUUCAUGUGAAUUUGAUUUGGGAAGAAAGUUUAUGUGAAAAUAUGUUUGAAUUUUCAGAGGUCUCUUCAUAAUCUGUGCUCAGAGUGUUCAUUUGUGUCGUGUGUAAAUGCAACUAAACUUUUUGAUAUUCUUUCCACCAACUUUAGAAAUCUAGCUACAAUUCUUUUGAAAA